AUGUCGGGCUACCGCUUCAUGCAGGGAUACAAGCAGGCCAUGCUUGUGAAGACCUUAGCCACUGUCUUCGAUUUGGACAUGUUCCGAUCAAAGUACGAAGAGCUGAAGCAGCGUGCUGAAGCGGCAAAAUCUAAGCGAUCAACCCUGCAGACAGACCACUAUGAGGACAAUCAAAAGCAAGGGCUCAUUUUGUCUGGAGGUCAUAGACCUAUGGACAGGCCAGAGAAUGUAGAUCUACCAUCCAAGUACCAAGAACCUGUCGGGCUUUUAUCACCAUCAGAGCUGGAGGAGUAUGGCUGCGACAACAGAGAUCGGAGAUACUUGCUGUCAGUCUAUGGCAAUAUAUUUGAUGUCUCCGACCGUCCCGACAAGUAUGACCCGGAUGGUCCCUAUGCGAGCUUGACCGGAAAGGAUUUGACCUGGGGCUUGUUUGCCGGCGUCGACACUGUGGAGUACACCAACAAGUUUUAUGACCUUUUCAAAGCACGAGACAUGGGAAAGGACAAACUUAUUGGUGUUUGCAGUUGGCUUGCUGCGACCUGA